AUGAAUAGUGAAAAAUUAGAACGAAAUUUGACUGAAGAGCCAACAACAGAUGGAGCACCGAGAACGGAAGAGGAAGUCCUGACUGAAGCAACAGAAGAAUUUGUUCCCCCAGAUCUAUCUAGUACAGUCAGCACUACAACAGACGCCUCUACUGCCUCACAGGAGUUGGAUCUUCAUAAUGUAGUUCCCGAGCAGCCAGUACAUCAGGUCAUAAAGUUCAGUGUUAAACUGAUGGACUAUGGGUACCAGGAGAUACUGAGAGACACUGAUUCACCUCAGUACCAUGACCUGUCAAGGCAUCUUCAGGAUCAGAUGCAACAUGAUCUUAAUGACCUACCUGGAUUUAUGGAUGUCCAAGUGUUAAGUAUUAGUGAGGCAGAAGCACCUAAUGGAGCUGGAGGAGUAUCUGCAGUUUACUUAGCUGUGUUUGAGACUACAAUACCUUCCGUUCCUGAUGGAAUUCUGGACAUUGGCACAGUUGUUUCAUCUACAGGACCAAGUCUGAAGGAUAUGAUAGUUAAAGCACUAAGCAAAAAGGCAUCUCUUCUUGAUCUUAAAUCACUAAUCUUUGAGACAGACAAAGACCAGUCUUCAACGAGUAUGCCUGUGACUGAGGCUUCUAAAGACAUUAUAACUGAGUCCUUCGAUCAAGUGUCACAUGGGGACCUCAGUUUUCCAACAAAAGGAACAAAAAUUGAAGUUCAUAUUUCAUCAGAUGAUGAUGAGACCAUUGUAGACCCAACUUUGGACACAGACAGCACCACAACAACUAAAUCAGAAUCAGAAACAGUUGAGUCUGAGAGUGAUGCAGUCAUUGUACACCAGCUUAAAACUAUUCAAGGGGAAACUGGUGAACUCAAAACAGAGAUUUUUCAAGUUCCACCAGUAGAGGAAGCUCCUAGUGAGGAUGAAAGUAAACCAGUUGUUAUUGCUGUAAAAGAGAACAAUUUGGCUCCAACAUCUUCAGCUGCUGCCUCAGCUUUACCCCCGAGGGAAGAACAGCCAAGGACUACAGAGAAACCUACAUCAGAUAGUGACUUUAGUCUUAACACGAUACCAGAAGAUGAUAUCAUAUUUCACCAGGUAACCACCGCCCACAUGUUGUUCACCACUGCAACAACCAUUAGUCCUAGGUCUGAACAACCAAAGUUGGCUGUCACAACUGACUUUAGCAUCACCCUGCAACCUUCAACUGAACCAAUUGAUCCAAUAACUGAAGUGACAGAUUCUAAUGAAAUUCCAGAGCAAGAAGAGACCAAAGUGGUGAUGCCUGUACUACAUGUAGAGAACAAAUCUGAGGUUGAUUCACCCAAGGUAAAUGUUGUGACAACAGAAACUAUAGAAGUAUCAGGACCUGAGAAAGAUACCAAUGUAACUCGAGAUGCUGUCAUUUUAGAAGAUCAGCUAUUAAAACCUGAAGAAGUAACUGUAGUAACAGAAAUGUAUGCUGAGUAUGGCACAUUAGAGCCUGUGGGAACAGCUGUGCUACCUGAACCAGAGGAUGAGAUUGAAAAAUCAACUAACCAGGAUGAAGUAGCAGAACCCAAGGAAAAAGUUUUAGAUCUGCAUCCAGAGGUAAUAAUAGAAUCAAAAGAAGAUGUUGAAGAGCAUAAAAAUGAUGAGAUUAAAGUGAAACAAGUGGAUGAUGUUCAGGUAAUCAGGAGGCCAGAAACCGAGACAGGGAAACCUAAGGAGGAAAUUCAUUUAACAGAAAAGGGUGAGGUGGUUAAACCUGAAAGAGAAGCUGAUGAAUCAGAAGCUGCUGAAGUUGUAGAAUAUGAAGGCAGCAUCAAAACUGAACAGCCUGCUGUGGAGGUCACAAGAGUGGUCCCCAAAACCACAGAAGGUACAGUUGUUAGUCCUAGGUCUGAACAACCAAAGUUGGCUGUCACAACUGACUUUAGCAUCACCCUGCAACCUUCAACUGAACCAAUUGAUCCAAUAACUGAAGUGACAGAUUCUAAUGAAAUUCCAGAGGUGCCUCAACCAGUGGACACUGGAACAGUAGUAAAGGAAGAGGAGACCAAAGUGGUGAUGCCUGAACCAGAUGUAGAGACCAAGGCUGAAGUUGAUUUACCCAAGGAAAAGGUUGUGUCAACAGAAACUGUAGACGUUUCUGGACACGAGAAAGAUACCAAUGUAACUGUGGAUACUGUCAUUUUAGAAGAUCAGGUAUUACAACCUGAAGAAGUGACUGUAGUAACAGAAAUGUAUGCUGAGUAUGGCACAUUAGAGCCUGUGGGAACAGCUGUGCUACCAAAACCAGAGGAUGAGGUUGGAAAAUCAACUAGCCAGGAUGAAGUAGCAGAACCUGAGGAAAAAGUUUUAGAGCCAGAUCCAGUGGUCGUUAUAGAAUCAAAAGAAGAUGUUGAGGAGAUAAAAGUUAAACAAGUGGAUGAUGUUCAGGCAACCAGGAGGCCAGAAACUGAGACAGGACAAGCUAAGAAGGAACUUUAUUUAACAGAAAAGGGUGAGGUAGUGAAACCUGAAAGAACAGAUGAUGAAUUAGAACCUGCUGAAGUCAUAGAAUAUGAAGUUCGAAUCAAAACUGAACAGCCUGCUGUGGAGAUCACGAGUGAGGUCCCCAAAACCACUGAAGGUUCAGUCGUUAGUCCUAGGUCUGAACAACCAAAGUUGGCUGUCACAACUGACUUUAGCAUCACCCUGCAACCUUCAACUGAACCAAUUGAUCCAAUAACUGAAGUGACAGAUUCUAAUGAAAUUCCAGAGGUGCCUCAACCAGUGGACACUGGAACAGUAGUAAAGGAAGAAGAGACCAAAGUGGUGAUGCCUGAACCAGAUGUAGAGACCAAGGCUGAAGUUGAUUUACCCAAGGAAAAGUUUGUGACAACAGAAACUGUAGACGUUUCUGGACCUGAGAAAGAUACCAAUGUAACUGUGGAUGCUGUCAUUUUAGAAGAUUGGGUAUUACAACCUGAAGAAGUAACUGUAGUAACAGAAAUGUAUGCUGAGUAUGGCACAUUAGAGCCUGUGGGAACAGCUGUGCUACCUGAACCAGAGGAUGAGGUUGGAAUAUCAUCUAACCAGGAUGAAGUAGCAGAACCAGAGGAAAAAGUUUUAGAGCCAGAUCCAGAGGUCAUUAUAGAAGCAAAAGAAGAUGUUGAGGAACAUAAAAUUGAUAAGGAGAUUAAAGUGAAACAAGUGGAUGAUGUUCAUGCAACUGGGAAGCCAGAAACUGAGACAGGGCAACCUAAGGAGGAAAUUAAUUUAACAGAAAAGGGUGAGGUUGUGAAACCUGAAAGAGAAGCUGAUGAAUUAAAACCUUCUGAAGUUGUAGAAUAUGAAGUUAGCAUUAAAACUGAACAGCCUGCUGUGGAGAUCACGAGUGAGGUCCCCAAAACCACUGAUGGUUCAGUCGUUAGUCCUAGGUCUGAACAACCAAAGUUGGCUGUCACAACUAACUUUAGAAUCACCCUGCAACCUUCAACUGAACCAAUUGAUCCAAUAACUGAAGUGACAGAUUCUAAUGGAAUUCUAGAGGUGCCUCAACCAAUAGACACUAGAACGGUAGUAAAGCAAGUAGAGACAAAAAUCGUGAUACAUGAAGCAGAUGUAGAGACCAAGUCUGAGGUUGAUUUCCCCAAGGUGAAAGUUGUGACAAAAGAACUUGCAGAAGUAUCUAGACCUGAGAAAGAUACCAAUGUAACUGGAGAUGCUGUCAUUUUAGAAGAUUGGGUAUUACAACCUGAAGAAGUAACUGUAGUAACAGAAAUGUAUGCUGAGUAUGGCACAUUAGAGCCUGUGGGAACAGCUGUGCUACCAAAACCAGAGGAUGAGGUUGGAAAAUCAACUAGCCAGGAUGAAGUAGCAGAACCUGAGGAAAAAGUUUUAGAGCCAGAUCCAGUGGUCGUUAUAGAAUCAAAAGAAGAUGUUGAGGAGAUAAAAGUUAAACAAGUGGAUGAUGUUCAGGCAACCAGGAGGCCAGAAACCGAGACAGGACAACCUAAGGAGGAAAUUCAUUUAACAGAAAAGGUAGUGGAACCUGAAAGAGAAGCUGAUGAAUCUGAACCUGCUGAAGUUGUACAAUAUGAUGUUAGCAUUAGAACUGAACAAACCGCUGUGGAGAUUGCGAGGGAGGUCCCAAAAACGACUGACGGUUCAACCAAACCUCCUGCAGAGAUGAUUAAGAUUAAACCACCUGAGAUUUCUGUUACAGAAAUUUACCUUGUUGAGAGUAUUGACUAUUACCAACCCAAAGAAAGUGCCAAUUUGCCUUUUGUGCCAGUUGACAGUGUUCAAAGAGGCACAGACAUGGGUAAACAUGUGGAAGACUUUGGGGUGGAGGAUCAACUCUCCAGACCUAAGGUUAUUGAGGGAGUUCUUGAGAUACCAGAUCUGGUUAUAGAGGAAAACACCCUACGACCAGAAGAGUCUGAUGUUCUCACUACUGAAUCAAGUGCCGCACAAUCUCCACCUGAAACGAUCACAGAAUCAGUUUCGGAGAAAGACAAGGACUUACCAUAUGUUGUUGGGGAUACUAAGGAGCCACAGCUUGAAGAUAUGGAGGAAAAGACUGCAUCACAACCCACAGAGACACUCACAACUGAUAUACCUUUGACAACUUCACCUGCAGACCUUGAACGUUUUGGAGUAGUGCUAACAGAUUUAUUGGUCGUAACACCAACCCAUUUGGAAAAGGAUUAUGAUUCACCAACUGAAAAAGAACAAUCGACUUUUGCCCAGGAGUUAACAUCUGUUGUUGGAGAUACUGAGGAGCCAAAGGUCACAGAAAUGGAGGAAGACACUCUGACAGAAGAUCUCCUUGAAGAACAAGAAAAAGAGACUGCAUCACAACACAUGGAGACACUCACAACUGAUCUACCUUUGGCAAAUUCACCUGCAGACCUUGAACUUUUGGAAGUAGUGCUAACAGAUGUAUCGGUCACUACGCCAACACCUUUAGAAAAGGAUUAUGAUUUACCAACUGAAAAAAUACAACAACGAUCAACUGUUGCCCAUGAUGUUGCUUUUACGCAGACCGAAAAUGACAAAGAGCUGAAUGUAGAAACUCAGGUAGUUGUUCUAACAAAUGUAUCAGUCGUUACUCCAAUAUUUCUGGAAAAGGAUUAUGAUUCACAGACUGAAAAAGUACAACCAACUGUUGCCCUGGAUGUUAUAUUUGAGUCAGAAAAUGACCAAGUGCUGGAUGUGGAAACUGAAGACCCAUUUAUUAAUUUAAAAGAAUUAGACCAAAUAGAUAUAGUAAGUACUGAGACCAUUGAUCUCUUGAGUUAUGACAAUGGAUAUUCUUUCCCAAAUGAAGGAUAUCCCUUGGAGACAACAAGAGCGCCAUCACUAAAGUAUUUCACAACUCCUUCAAUGACCACAGCUAACAAAGGCAAAGAACUAGUUGUGUUUUUCAGUUUGCGUGUCACAAACAUGCUGUUCUCUGAAGAUCUUUUCAAUAAGAGCUCUGCAGAAUACCAAGUGUUGGAAAACAAAUUUGUUGAACUGCUUCUCCCAUAUCUACAGUCCAACCUAACAGGCUUUAAGAAGUUAGAAAUCCUAAACUUCAGAAACGGAAGUGUGGUGGUCAAUAGCAAGGCAAAAUUUGCCAAGUCUGUGCCAUACAACAUUACUCAGGCUGUCCAGCACGUCUUGGAGGAGUUUUGUAAUGCUGCAGCCCAGCAUUUGGACAUAAAGGUUGACAGCCAUUCCCUAGACAUAGAACCAGCUGAUGAAGGUGACCCAUGCAAGUUUCUUGCCUGCAACGAGUUUUCCAAAUGCGUGGUGAACCUCUGGACAAAGGAAGCACAAUGUUUAUGUGACCCAGGCUACGUGACCGUGGAUGGACUGCCAUGUCGGAGCCUCUGUGUGGUCCAGCCUGACUUCUGUCUCAAUGGAGGAGAGUGUGAGAUUGUACCCGGGCAUGGUGCCGCUUGCAGAGACAGAGACCAGACCACUAUACCAGGCCUGACGAGUUAAUCACAGAAGAUUUACACAUUAUAAUCACUGUCACUGAGAGGUGGGACGUCACAUCGUGCGGUCUUCUGAUUGUGCUUAUCCAGCCAUUAAAAGACGCUUGAAAAGACUUCCCAUGAUCCCACAACUUCUGAAGGCUGUAGAAUGAGUGGCCAAACAUCCUGAACAGAUGGAGAGCCAAGCUGAAUGGUUAUGUAACAUGUCCUCCUCAUGAGAACAUUAAGAAAUGAGCUGGUUGAUUGUUGUCACGUGGCAGAAAGCAUUAUGGGUUUCCUCACAAUGAGGAAAUUAUUCUUCUGUUUGAUCAUAAUGAAUAGUUUCACACUGUUCAAAAAUUAUCAUAGUAUGGAACACAAUUUUGUUUUGGUGUAUAAUAAUUAUUAAUAGUUUCACAUUCAUAGCGAAUAAUAAUAUAUAUAUUUUUGUCUUUUAGCAUGGUUGUCUUAUAAAAAGAAGAACUUUGUCAGAAAUAUUCUUUGAAUGCUAUAAAACAACAAAUUCAAAAAUAUGAACCACUUUUGUAAAAUUUACCCAAAGCACUGCAACAGUGCAAAAUGUCUUUAAGUAUAGUUUCAUAUUAAAUCUAGAGCUAUGUUAGUGAUGUCCCUGGGCAGCCCUGAGUAACGGUUAAUACUGUAGCAUCACUUAUUUGAAUUUAUUCUACAUUAAACAAACAUAUUUCAAAAUGACAUUUAACAGUUGUUUGUACUACAUUAAAUAUACAUACAUACAUACAUACAUUAUAUAUAUAUACAUUAUCGUUGUUAUUGUAUUGUGUAAUGUUGUAGAAGGUAAUCCCUGAAACGAGGCUCUAAUAAGUCUAUAUGUAUUUUUGUACUUCAACUGUGCUGGUUUAUAUCUAUAACAAAUGUGAAAAACUGUGCUUGUUGGAAGAAAACAAACAACUUUAUUUAGCUGGAGAUCUCAUGCCUACAUUAGUACCUUGUUCCAUUUCAUACAAAUCUUGAUUUUGUAUAUAGAAAUAAAUCUCAUUUGCAUAUUGCUCUUAUA